CGAGAGACCUUCGCGCGUAUCACUUCGAACUUAGGAGCCAUAAAUUUUUGUUUUUCAAUAUAUAUAUAUAUAUACAUAUAAAUAUAUAUAUAGUGCAAUUUGUGAAUAUCGUUAAAAAAUUAAUAAUUUAAUAAAAUGCGUGUCAAGUGAUUAUAAAUUUUUUUUUUUCAAUGUGUAAACCAAUAAUGCCGUGUUUUAAAAAUAUUUACCUUUUCGUGGAAACAAUUUUACGAAAGGAUCCAUGAGCAGAGAAUCAAGUUGGUACCCGUGAUAUAAAGGACCCUAGGGUCCAAAAAUAACGUUCAGAAUCUGUUAUUGGCCUUAUGAUCUCCUGAAGACUUUUUCGGUGCAGCAGAACAUGAAGACUGAUCGCCUAUCAACAUUGCCCGGGAUCUGUAUACUGCUGACACUACUGGGCUCUAUUUUUCAUGUCGAAACAUUCGAUAUUCGGUCAUGUCACACACCACUUGGAAUGGAAACUGGAGCAAUUCCAGAUUCUGCCAUCAAUGCAUCAUCGUCCUACGUAACCAAUGUGGGACCAAAAAAUAGCAGAUUAAGAAAAGAAACAGCUGGCGGAGCGUGGUGUCCAAAAAAACAAAUAGAAAAUGGAGUACGAGAGUGGCUGCAGAUUGAUUUAAAGAGAACUUAUGUCGUUACUGGAAUCGAGACUCAAGGUCGAUUUGAUCACGGACGAGGACAAGAAUACGUCGAGGAAUAUACUCUAGAGUAUCGAAGAACAACUUUCGGUGAUUGGAAACCAUACAAGAGUUGGGAUGGCAAAGAGGUUUUAGCUGGUAACAGUGAUACGUCGUCAGUCGUUUCACACGAGCUUAUUCCGCCGAUUUUCGCGAGCCAGAUACGCGUGUUACCUCACUCCGUACACAGGCGCACGGUUUGCCUUCGCAUGGAGCUCAAAGGCUGCAAAGAUCAGAGUGGCUUAAUAAGUUAUACAAUGCCAGAAUCACCAAUGCCCGAAUUGAGCGACAGUUCUUACGAUGGAGUGAGAGAAUCUGGAAUACUCUCUGGAGGCUUAGGUCGACUGAUCGAUGGAGAGACCGGUGCCGAUAAUUACAGGAUGGAUACCGGAUAUGGAAGAGGUAGUGGUUGGGUUGCCUGGAUGCGCGAUAUUUUUCUUAACAACUUCAUCGAGCUCAUUUUCCAAUUCGACGAUCUCAGAGUUUUCAACGCCGUUCACAUAUAUACCAACAAUUAUUUUUCACGAGAUGUUCAGGUUUUUUCAAAAGCAGAAGUUUGGUUUAGCGAAACCGAUGAAUUUGAUAAAGAAAAAGAGCCUAUUUCAUAUUCCUAUAUACCUGACACAAUUUUGGAGAACGCUCGCAAUGUAUCGAUUAAUUUACACAGUCAAGUUGGUCAAUACGUCAAAAUUCAUCUUUACUUUGCAGCAAGAUGGAUAAUAAUCAGUGAAAUAACAUUCGAGGAAUCCAAUCCAUUCGAGAACGUGACAGAGGAGACUGUGUCCAAAAUUAGUAAUGGGGAGGUUCGAGUAAACCAGGACGUGGACCUCAACUUACAAACGAUAACUGCAAGAGAAGAGGGCAAAGAAUACGUGGAGGUUUUAAUUGGCGUUCUAACAGCAGUAACAUUACUUUUAUUAUUAGUAUUUGUUAUUAUUUUAUUAUUGAGCCGUCGACAAAAACUACAAAGUUCACCGACAGUGUUAAAAAAUCCCUUUGGAUUUGCAAUCAACAUGAAACUCAAAUUUCCGGACUUCCUUCUAAAUUUGACCCCGGGUGGAAUGUUAAACAACAACGCCCACGUCUCUCCGGAUGUUCCGGAGGACGUUAGCAUGCACGAACCACUGACGAUGGAGCAGUUUAAUUCUCCUCUGGUAGACUCACAGUACAAGUCUACUUAUGCGGUUGUUGCGAAUUCUGAUUCACCGCAAAAAUUAAAUAAUCUCGACAGUCCUGAUAUUAAUGUACGUCUAAAGUCAAAAUCCGAAUGUUCAUCGUCAUCAUCAUCGUCAAAUUCGCCAAUUCGUCAAACUCAACAUUAUCGAACACUACAAACUUAUAAUAAUUCACCAGUGAGACCUAAUGUCAUUAAUUUGUCAAUUCGUCAUCGUGAUUCUGAUUAUGGACAUUCAAAAAGAUGGAACACUGCCCCAAAAGAAAAACAUAAAAUACCAGCACCUGUUGUCAGUUGGAAUAUCGCGCCUAGUAUGAAUAAACCGUAUAAGUGCAGGGAAAUUGAACCUACAAACAUACCACACCAAUGUCUACAUACAAUGGAGAAACUUGGCUCCAGUCAUAUUGGAGAGGUAAUAGUUUGUGCAGCAACGACUUUAGGUGAAAUUGACGAUGCUGAAGCUCUGAGAUUAAUUGUUGCUCGAGUACCAGCUUCUAACAAGGAGAGCAAGUGCAGUAAUGCAAGUGACGCUAUGAGGGAAGUACGCUUUCUGUCUGGCCUCUCUGAUCCAAACGUAGCUCGUGUUCUGGGUGUUUGCACAGCAGAUCCAGCAACGCCCUGGACGAUAAUCGAGUACACGGAGCUUGGCGAUCUUGCUCAUUAUUUACAAUACAGUGAGCCGCUCACUGGAAUACAGAGGCCAAACUGCAGUCUCAAUUUACUCAGUCAAAGUUGUCUACUUUACAUGGGAUUGCAAAUAGCAUCGGGUAUGAAGUUUCUGGAAUCGAAAAAUCUAGUGCAUAAGGAUUUGGCGGCGAGAAAUUGCCUUCUAGGACGAAAUUACACCGUAAAAGUGACAGACAUUGCCAUGUGCAGUGACCUUUAUAAAAAAGACUACAGCGACAUAGGUGGACGACCUUUAGCUCCAAUCAGAUGGCUCUCGUGGGAAAGUAUUUUAUUGGAUAGAUACACCUGUCCAAGUACCGUUUGGUCGUUCGCUGUCACAUUAUGGGAAGUCAUGAGUUUUGCGCGAGAAAAACCAUUUCAACAUCUUUCCAACGAACAAGUCAUACAAAAUGCUGAACUCAUGUAUUAUGGAGAGGAAUUACAAGUAUUUUUGCCAAAACCAAUGAUGUGUCCCGAGGACGUUUAUAAAGUAAUGUGUUCCUGCUGGCAAAGAGAUGAAGAUGAACGACCAACUUUUAAGGAUAUAUACACAUUCCUAAAGACUGUAACUGACUAUCGACCCAGUGCAUAAUCAUAGUUGACUGUGAUAAAACAAAAUUAUCUAAAUUUCAAUUCAAUUUUAAUUCUGAAAAUCGAUGAAGCAAAAUUUCAAACCCAAAAAAACUUCAAAAUCUUCAUUUUGUACAUCUAUAUUUUAUCCUAAUUUUUCCUUUUUUUGUUCAAUAUAGUCUGGACUAGAUAAUGUUAUACAAUUUUAGGAAAUUAAAAACAAAUUUCAAUGUUUUCAACUUUUUGGUAGUUUUAGAAAAUGAGUCAUAUUCUCGUAAAAAAAAAAAACUGAAACCGAUAUAAGUGUACAAUCGUUAAGUUUAAUCGUGUGAGAUAUUUUAUACUAUUUUAUGCUUCCAAAAGAAAAUGAAAAAAAAAAAUAAUAAUGCGAGAGACUAUUAUUUUGCAAGUUCUAGUCACAUCGACAAUUUUUUGAUUUCUUAAGAUAAGCAACACACAUAUUCUGUACAGUAUUCUAGUAAAUGACAAAUGCAUAUGUACACACUAUGGAAGCCUGUAUUUUAAUGAUAAGUCUCAUGUAAAUAAUUUCCCAUCAAUAACAUUAAAAAAAAGAACUUUAUGACGAUAAAUUGUAAAUGUUCGGGGUCAAUAAUAAUUUAUUGUGUAUUAUUAUUAUUAUUAUUAAUA